AUGUUCUGGGGCAUCAGUCCUGCUAUUGAUUUACAAGAAGAAUACCUAAAAUAUGGCGACAAGAACGCCUACGAACUCAACUUCCUUGUCAUCGGAGGCUGCGAUGGAAGGCAUCUUCUUAAAACGUUGGCUCAAGCUUACCGACAUACCAGGCGCUACAUGAACUUGUUCGUGGUCGACGGAUGUCCGGAGCUGGUAGCAAGACAACUGCUCCUCACGUCUCUGGCACUGGAGAAGACAACACGAUGUGGCCUAUUGGAGAAGACCCGUCGUUACCUAGAAGUUUACGGUAAUUUGCUGCUGCGACCCUCUACGUCGCGAUAUCUGAUCGCUAAAGCUCGCCAAUUAGUCGGUAUGGUUACUAACCCUGAGUACAUGAACUGUCUGCUGCCCUGCGUCUCUAUUGAGCAGAUGAAGUAUCGUGAACGUGAUUAUAUGGAGAAUUUAAUGAACUUCUGGACCACGGGCAACACUAACCAGUUUAACGCUUGUGAGCUUUGGGAACAUCGCUUGCGACACAGUCUUGGUAUUAGGUACGACACCAGAAUGGGUGUUUAUGACUGGGAUUAUCACAUGAGAAUGAAGGAAAUUGGGGGCCAGAUUUGUUAUCCGGAAUACAAACAUUUUCGUGAGCACGGCGUGGCCUUUACGUGGCUGGAGACAGAAGUAUGUCGGCCGAACGUGAGCCUCGCUGCUGGUGUGUAUAAGUGCGGUGAUAGAUAUCUCCAUAGAGGCUACCUAGGAGACAUUGUGACGUCACCUUACAUAGGCUAUGGACUGAACUGCGAAGAUGCCGAUAUGUUGAAGUCUUCCCAUGGCGUCAAUUAUAAACGUGCGACGGACAUUGCAGAAAGAAAUGUAAUGAGAAUGCUUUACGAAAUAGAAAACCGUCAAGAGUUUGACGCUGCUGCACUGAACUUAGAGACGGAAAAGAACUUGGGAAUGGUAGUGCUGGCUCAGGUGGAUGCUAAGAUAUCUGAGUGUGGUCCCGAGGCACCUUUGUUGUUGCGUGAGGAUCGCGACACUUACAUCAAUGUAGAUUACGGGAAGGUUCACUUCUUGUCUUUGUCGGCGUUGGAACAUUAUCCUCAUAAGCCACAGUUUCAGGGCUUGUUUCACGGUGUGUUCGUGGGCCAUAAUAUGUUACCUCGCGUGAAGCCUAGCGUGUGGUCAAUGGCACGUGAUGAUGCAGUCGUUUUGAUGGAGUCGAGGAAGUUUUUGGUGGAACAGAAGAGGGAUGAUGUUAAGGCGUUUGGUGAUCAGAUCCAGCAAGCUGCCAUGGCUGCCCAGUGCGAGAAGAUCGCCACGUUCGAUGCUCAGACGGAUGAUUUUGCCAAGUUUCUGAUUCGUCGUAGGAGUGAGAGUACUGAUACUAAUAUUUCCUUUUAG